AUGUCAUCCUUGGAAACAGCCACAAACUACCAGACAGUCCGAUGGAUGCGAAAACCACUGUGGAUGCCGACAGCCAAAUCCAAAGUCUUUAGAAUACCUGUACGACCGAAAAUACCAGAAGACGAGAGUAAAGAACUUAUGAGGCUCCACAAUAACUAUCGUACCCAAAUCAAAUCUCUCAGGAGGUACCUGACCUACAAACAUUGCACAAGAUUUUUAGCUAGUGAAGAUCCUGAAGAAAAACGGAAGGCUUUUGAAGAAGACUUGAAACAUUGCAUGGAAUUAAACAACAAAUGGAAUGAUACUCAAAAAAUCCUGAGAGAAAAGUACAUAGCUGAACAGCUUGAGAGUGAACUUGAUUUUGCCAGAAAACGUAUAGAAAUGGAGAUGAUCAGAGCAGAAGAAAAAAUGUCUGAAAUUGAAGGGAUUGUCAGGAAAGAAAAAGAAUCCUCUAGGAAUUUCAUCACUCCUGAAAACAUAGAUGAGUCUAUAGAACAUGCAGUUGAAAACCCCACAGAUUAUAACUUUGCUUUGGAGUUAGAUGGUGGUAAAUUUUUAGGAAGAAAUGAAGUUUACAAACUUAAUGAACAAGAAAAAAUUAGUGCCCAGCAGUAA